UAAGAUGAAGUGUUUGAUCACUUUCAUGAUGCAGUGAGAUAUUAGAUGCACAGGAUAAUGGCAGUGAUGGAUUUGAACUUGACGACGGUCAUUGACAGCGGCUUCAUGGAAAGCGACCGCUCCACGCGGGUUCUGACCGGUUGCUUUCUGUCCGUUCUAAUCCUCUCCACUUUACUCGGGAACACACUGGUUUGUGCAGCUGUCACAAAGUUUCGCCACCUGCGCUCUAAAGUCACAAACUUUUUUGUCAUCUCGCUGGCGGUGUCAGACCUGCUGGUGGCCAUUCUGGUCAUGCCCUGGAAGGCUGUGACAGAGGUUGCAGGCUUCUGGCCCUUUGGUGCGUUUUGUGACAUUUGGGUGGCUUUCGAUAUCAUGUGCUCCACGGCGUCUAUCCUGAACCUGUGCGUUAUUAGCGUGGACCGAUACUGGGCCAUUUCUAGCCCGUUCCGCUAUGAGAGGAAGAUGACUCCCAGGGUGGCCUUUGUGAUGAUCAGCGGGGCUUGGACCCUGUCCGUGCUCAUCUCCUUCAUCCCGGUGCAGCUCAAAUGGCACAAGGCUCAGCCGAUGAGCUUCCCGGAGGUCAACGCGUCUCACAGGGCUCUGCUGACGGACAACUGCGACUCCAGUCUCAACCGAACGUACGCCAUUUCGUCCUCGCUCAUCAGCUUCUACAUUCCCGUCGCCAUCAUGAUUGUAACAUACACUCAGAUUUACCGGAUCGCCCAGAAGCAGAUCCGACUCAUCUCGGCUCUGGAAAGGGCCGCGGAGAACGCCAAGAUCCGCCACGACAGCAUGGGCAGCAGCUCCAACGUGGACACGGAGAGCUCCUUCAAACUGUCCUUCAAAAGGGAGACGAAAGUCUUAAAAACGCUGUCUGUUAUAAUGGGGGUUUUCGUGUGCUGCUGGUUGCCCUUCUUCAUCCUGAACUGCAUGGUGCCGUUUUGUAAGCGCACGUCGGCCGGUCUCCCCUGCAUCAGUCCAACAACGUUUGAUGUUUUUGUCUGGUUCGGAUGGGCCAAUUCGUCUCUCAACCCCAUCAUAUACGCCUUCAAUGCCGACUUUCGCCGAGCUUUUGCCAUCCUUUUGGGAUGUUGA